GAAAUCUUAGGCCUUAGUUCUUUAAUGCAAUCUCAGUUGACAGGUUUCCUUGCAUUCAAUGAUGAACGUUUGAUAAAAUUGUGGCCUCUAAAUUUCAAUACAUAGUGAGCUAAAAAAAUACAAACCCAAACACUUGGCAGCCGUACAAAGAUAAGUGAAUUAAAUUUUUGCUGCGUUUCUAUUUAAGAGGUGGGGUGUGUUAGGUGAACUUCGUCCAGUUCAUUAGUUCUUGUGUCUUCUUCAUCCUGAGUUAUUGGAAACAAGAGUAAAAAUGAGUAGUUAUCUUGGUGUAGGUGUGAGUCCUGGAAAUGUUCCUGUUUAUCAUGGGAGCAAUUUGAAGGUAAUUGACAGGAGAGUGAGGCUUGCUGAACUGAUUUUAAGGUGUUUGAUAUGUGGUCUAUCUAUACUUUCUGCUGUUCUUAUCGGGACUGACUCUCAAGUUAGAGAGAUUUUUUCGAUUCAGAAGAAGGCUAAAUUCACAGACAUGAAAGCCCUUGUUUUCUUGGUAAUAGCCAAUGGGUUAGCUGCGGCCUACUCACUGGUCCAAGUUCUGAGGUGCGUUUUGGGUAUGAUUAGAGGAAGUGUGCUGUUCAACAAGCCCUUAGCUUGGGUCAUUUUCUCCGGUGAUCAGAUAAUGGCCUACUUGACUCUAGCAGCAGUGGCAGCCGCUGCUCAGUCUGGUGUUUUUGCCAAGCUUGGGCAGACGGAACUUCAAUGGAUGAAGAUUUGCAACAUGUAUUUGAAAUUCUGCAACCAAGUCGGGGAAGGCAUAGCCGGUGCACUAGUUGUAAGCAUCGCUAUGGUCUUCCUCUCUGCUAUUUCCGCGUUUAGUCUGUUCCGUCUGUAUGGAGAUAACAAAGGAAAGAACAAUGAAAGCUGGUAAAUUUCGUCGUACAUUACCAGUCCUAUCAAGUUUUUCACUUUCCCUUAGACUCGAAGUUGUGUAACUUGUUCCAUAUAUGUGAAAGACGAUGACCCUUUUGUUUGUAUAAUAAAAGGAGUUUCUCUUUGUGUUGAUGCA